CAAUUACUUCAUCAUGGCCAUUCCUCUCCCCUGCAUCCUUCUCUUCCUCCACCUCCUCCUCCUCUCCACCGCCUCGGCUGAGUACGCGCAGGACCUGCUGCGGCGCGCUGAGGGGGAGCGAGACUGGAUUGUCGGCGUGCGGCGGCGCAUCCACGCGUACCCGGAGCUCGCGUUCCGGGAGCACCGUACCAGCGCCCUCGUCCGCGAGGAGCUCGAGCGCCUCGGGAUCGCCGCCCGUGCCGUUGCCGGAACAGGCGUCGUCGCCGACGUUGGCUCAGGCCGGCCCCCCAUUGUCGCUCUCCGCGCUGACAUGGACGCCCUCCCCGUCCAGGAAUUGGUGGAGUGGGAGCAUAAGAGCAGAGUUGAUGGUGUGAUGCACGCUUGUGGUCAUGAUGUGCACACGGCGAUGCUCCUGGGAGCAGCGAAGUUGCUUCAUGAGCGCAAGGAUCAGCUUAAGGGAACGGUGAGACUCCUUUUUCAACCUGCUGAGGAGGGUGGUGCUGGUGCAUCUCAUAUGAUAAACGCAGGUGUUCUUGAUGGUUUUGAAGCUAUAUUUGCCAUGCAUGUCGAUUAUCGUAUGCCGACAGGCAUAAUAGCAGCUCACGCAGGACCAACACAAGCAGCUGUAUGUUUCUACAUAGUGAGAAUAGAAGGUAAAACAGGGAAGGCUGAAACUCCACACUUAAAUGUAGAUCCUGUUGUCGCUGCGGCAUUUACCAUCCUGUCCCUGCAACAGCUCACUUCAAGAGAAGACGAUCCUCUUCAUAGCCAAGUGCUCUCUGUUACUUAUAUUAAAGGUGGGAAAUCUAUUGAUGCCACACCUCCAGUUGUUGAAUUUGGAGGUACGUUGAGGAGCCUCACUACUGAAGGACUUUGUCGACUACAGAAAAGGCUUAAGGAGGUAGUAGAAGGGCAGGCAGCUGUACAUAGAUGCAUGGGAGUUGCGGAGAUAUUGGAAGCUCCUGACCACCCAAUGUAUCCUGCAGUCGUGAAUGAUGAUAGGCUGCAUCACCAUGUAGAAAAUGUGGGCAGAGGUUUGCUUGGUCCAGACAAGGUAAAGCCCGGAGAGAAGAUUAUGGCUGGGGAAGACUUUGCUUUCUACCAACAGUUAGUUCCUGGCGUUAUGUUUGGCAUCGGUAUUAGAAAUGAGGCAGUUGGUUCGGUCCACUCUGCUCACAACCCGCAUUUCUUCGUGGAUGAGGAUGUUCUUCCAGUUGGAGCUGCACUACAUACUGCUAUAGCAGAAACGUAUCUUACUGGGCGUUCGACUCUAGAUGAAAACAGAAGCCUGCAUUCGAUUUGAUGCUCUUUGAGGAGAAAAUUCAAUGUAUGAACUUAUAUUGAGAUGCUUCAAGUCUAUUGGGGUUCAACGCUCCCAGGAGAUCAGAUUAGUACUUUACAGCAAACAGGUAUGUAGACAUUGUAAUUAGAAUGCACAGGAUAAGUUCUUGCUCUCAGUAAUCACAUAAAGUAUGUCUGAUAUUAAGUGUGAUAAACCUACAUACAUGAUCACUGUGAAAUAAUCAAAACAAAGCUCAUAUUACAUACAUAAACACACAUACAAAAUAGGAACCGGAUAAUAAGAUGCCAAAGCCCUGUCAUGACCAAAGUCA